CAGACUAACCCGUCCCGCAAUAUGUUUUCCUUGCUCCUACAACCUCUCCCCCGAGGAGAUCUGCACCAAGAUCUCGCUCUGCGACGCCCUCAUCGUCCGCAGCGGGACCAAGGUCAGCCGUGAGGUGUUUGAAUCCUCCGGAGGCAGGUUGAAGGUCGUCGGUAGGGCCGGCGUGGGUAUUGACAAUGUGGAUCUGGCCGCCGCCACCGAGCAUGGCUGUUUGGUCGUGAAUGCGCCGACUGCCAACACUGUCCCCGCCGCGGAGUACGGGAUCGCUCUCUUGGCCGCUAUGGCUAGGAACGUUGCCCAAGCUGACGCCUCCGUUAAAGCCGGCAAGUGACAGAAGAACAAGUAUGUUGGUGUAUCGCUUGUUGGGAAAACACUUGCGGUUAUGGGUUUUGGAAAAGUUGGCACUGAAGUUGCCCGGAGAGCCAAGGGACUCGGUAUGCAUGUUAUUGCACACGAUCCAUAUGCCCCAGCCGAUCGUGCCCGUGCAAUUGGCGUGGAACUUGUGAGCUUUGAUGAAGCCUUAUCCAAAGCGGAUUUCAUCUCAUUGCACAUGCCUCUCACGCCUGCCACAUCAAAGUUUCUCAACGAUGAAACUUUUGCAAAGAUGAAGAGAGGAGUCCGCAUUGUUAAUGUUGCUCGUGGAGGAGUCAUCGAUGAAGAUGCCCUAGUGAAGGCGCUGGACGCUGGAAUUGUUGCACAGGCUGCCCUUGAUGUUUUUACCGAGGAGCCACCAGCUAAAGACACCAAGCUUGUACUGCAUGAGAAAGUCACAGCAACUCCUCAUCUAGGUGCCAGCACUAUGGAAGCACAGGCGAUUUUCUCUUUUGUGGUUGGUUCAAACAAUUUGUUCUGCAUGAGCUCAAAUUGGAUCAAAACUCAGCUUCUUUUAGAAAAUUUUUUUAGUGCUAGAAAACGGAGUUGACCUUUUCAGUUCGAGUUGCAUCCAUGUGAUAAUUUGAGAUUGAAUGUAUAAAGAAACCAUUAUAUUGUAGCUUCAAGAUUUUAUUUCA